CCAGUGCUCUGCCCUAUAAAUACCAGCCCCCAACAAAACCAUUCACUUACCUCUAAACCUCCUUCUAAACUAAGCAUGACCAUGAGUUCAGAUGUCGAACGCCUCUGGCUUUUUGCCAUCGCCUCCAAAUGCAGAGCCUUUACCUAUGAUAACAUUGCCUGGUCCCUCCUCUUGGUGGGUUUAACUUGGCUUGCCAUCUCCUUCCUCCACUGGUCUCACCCUGGUGGCCCUGCCUGGGGCAAAUACUUCUGGCGGAAAGCACUCUUCCUCUCACCAUCCUCCUAUUCUCUGUCCCCAUCCCGCACUAUCCCCGGUCCCAGGGGAUUGCCUCUUUUCGGAAGCAUGAGCCUCAUGCUCCACUUAGCUCAUCACCGGGUUGCUGCUGCUGCCGAAGCCUUCGGGGCCAAGCGCCUGAUGGCCUUCAGCCUGGGCGAUACUCGGGUCAUCGUGACAUGUAACCCUGAAGUCGCCAGAGAAAUCCUCAACAGCUCCGUGUUUGCUGAUCGCCCUGUGAAAGAGUCAGCUUACAGGCUGAUGUUCAACAGGGCAAUUGGCUUCGCUGGCCACGACGUCUACUGGCGAACCCUCCGGAGAAUUGCCGCUGCUCACCUCUUUUGCCCGAACAAAAUCAAGGCUUCUGAGUCUCAGCGGCGAGCCAUCGCAUCUCAGAUGGUCGCAGCUCUGUUCGCUUCCGGCGAGCAACCCUUGACCAUUCGCCAAGUGCUGAAGCGAGCCUCGCUGAACCACAUGAUGAGCUGCGUGUUUGGGCAAUCCUACGACUUGAGCUGCAAGAGCAGUGAAGUGGAAGCGCUGACGGAGCUGGUGGAUGAAGGGUACGAGUUAUUAGGCACGCUGAAUUGGUCUGAUCAUCUCCCCUGGAUGGCAGAGCUUGAUCCUCAAAAGAUCAGAUUCAGGUGCUCCAGGAUGGUGCCCAAAGUCAACCGCUUUGUAGGCCGAAUCAUCGCAGAGCAUCGAGCUCGACCGACCUCCGACCACCAGGACUUUGUGGACGUUCUGCUCUCACUUCAGGGUUCUGAUAAACUGUCCGACUUCGAUGUCAUCGCCGUUCUGUGGGAAAUGAUAUUUCGAGGGACGGACACGGUGGCGGUGCUGAUGGAGUGGAUCCUAGCGAGGAUGGUGGUUCAUCCGGAAGUUCAAGGGAGGGUCCAGGAGGAGCUGGACCGGGUGGUGGGAAGGUCAAGGGAGGUCAACGAAUCGGAGAUAGGGGACCUGGCUUAUCUCCAAGCGGUAGUGAAGGAGGUGCUGAGGCUGCACCCGCCGGGCCCACUGCUGUCGUGGGCCAGAUUGGCCAUCACUGACGCGACCGUGGACGGGCAUCACGUGCCAGCGGGAACAACGGCCAUGGUCAACAUGUGGGCCAUCUGCAGGGACCCCCAUGUCUGGCCCGACCCGCUCGCGUUCAGGCCGGACAGGUUCCUGGGCGGAGGGGCGGAGUUCUCGGUGCUCGGGUCGGACCUCAGGCUGGCACCGUUCGGGUCGGGAAGAAGGGCCUGCCCAGGGAAGACGCUGGGGCUGACGACUGUCACGUAUUGGGUGGCAGCGAUGGUGCAGGAGUGCGAGUGGAGGGCGGCGGCGGCGAGUGAGGACAAAGUUGACUUGUCGGAGGUUCUCAGGCUUUCGUGCGAGAUGGCCAACCCUCUCGCCGUCAGACUCCGACCGAGGCGUGUGGCCUUUGCACACGUCAGCCCCAAAAUAUCUCCCUCUUGAGACGAUAAAAACCGAGAAAAAGACCAUUAUAUCGUCAAAUAAGCCUUUUUCUUUUCAAAAGGGAAAGAUUUGCCAAAGACCAGAACAAAGAGUAGGUUAAGAUUAUGGAGGAGGGUCUGCGUGUCGUCGAAUUUUAAGUUUUUAGGUUUUCUUGUGGGGUCCAUGUCUCGGAGUUGCAGGGGUUUUUCUUCUUUUUCUUUGAUUAGCUCGACGUUGUCGGAGAUGUAUAUUAUGGUCUUGAUUUCGAAUGUUUUAGCCGGCGUACAUACUGGUCAAAACUAAUAGGAGCUUCUCCACCUGUGAUCACUUACCUAGUUCCAAGGAUUCAGAUCGAAUAACCAAGCCACGCACGCGCGCUUUAACGGGGGUGCAGAUCGGCUCAGCCCGUCGUUCAUUCAAGACGUAACGAACUUGGAAUUGAAUUUUACUA